AUGAAUUAGCCAUUCACUAUUACGAAUCAUUUCUUUAUAGACAAAACUAACAAAUCCACUUCAUUUUGGGAUAAAGAUUUUAGAAAAUUGUUACAAAAUGAAAGGGAUUUUAAUCUCAAUAACGAACAUUGUAUCUGUUUGUACAAAAAAGGAAAAUUUCUGAAUCAGUUCAUCCAAAGAUAUUAUACAAUAUAGGGAGCAUAUCUUUUUUAUGGAUAUAAUGACUUGAAAGGUUUCCGAAAAUUGGAAAAUGUCUACAUGCGAACAGCCGUUGAUUCGAGUACUUACCCAUACCAAAUACAAUUAAUUCAUAACUAGUCGCAAGUCAUUUUAUAUUCUAAUUCGGAACAAAAUUUCAACUAAAUUAAGAAUCAAUUAGAGUAGUAUUGCAUAUUAAUUGGCUUCCACUCAUAAUACACUAUUAUCAAUUAAAUUGGGUUUGGCUCUACUGCUUAGGUUUAUAUAUCAAAAUCUUAAGCAAAUGGUCAAUGCUAUGCAAUUAAGAGAAUUAGGAAAAAUUCAAAGCUCAAUCCACAAUUUUUAAUGGAAGAAAUUUAAAUCAUGAAUGAGCUGUCUCAUCCAAAUAUAAUAAAAUUGUAUAAAGUGUUCGAAACAAACAAGCAUAUUAAUAUGGUAUUAGAAUUAGUGGAAGGAGGGGAAUUGUUAAAGAGUCAUCGUUACAAUCUUAGAGAUGCUAGGAUGAUUUUUAAAUAAUUGGCGACAUGUGUGGAUUAUAUGCAUCAAAAAGGAAUAAUGCAUAGAGAUUUGAAGCCUUAGAAUAUUCUGUGCAAAACUAAUAGCAUUGAGAUAGUGCUGGCUGAUUUUGGCCUUGCCACAUGGAUCAAAGACAAAUAACAUAUCUACUAUCGUUGUGGAACAACUGGAUAUGUUGCCCCUGAAAUUCUCAGAUACAAAGAAGGAACUAAAAUGUACACAGAGAAAUGUGAUAUUUUCAGUUUAGGAGUGAUUUUGUAUUAAUUGAUUUAUAAUAUUCAUCCAUUUAAAGAUAUUGAUAAAACUAUAGUCUUACAAAAGAAUCUAAAUGUUGAGUUCAAAUUUGAUGAUUCGAUUAAAGUCCCAUAAAGCUGCAAAGAUCUAAUCACUUUAAUGCUGAAAUAAAGUCCAAAACAAAGGCCAAGUGCUGGUGAAAUAUUGCGACAUGACUUCUUCAAUGAAUAACUGUAUGAACAAUCUAAUUCAAAUUUAACCAUGAUCAUUUAAGACACCUAUUCAGAUAUAAAAAGAUCAGGACCAUCCUUAAGUUUUUAAAAUGUCGAUAUGAAAUUUUCUACAAUAAAUAAUGGUUUUAAGUUGUUUGAAGAUGAGGUUGAUGAUAAAAUUGAAUAACAACAAGGUACUGAUUUUUUAGAAUUAUCUCCAAUCUGGACCAAAAGGAUCGAUCUACAUCGUUGCACCUAAAACUAGUAAUAACCCAUUUCGAUGGUUUUUUAAAGAUAGUAUUCAUAAGAUAUGAAAGGCAAGAAAUCCUCAAUAUUUCGUUCGGAAUUGAAAUAAAAAUCAAUCCAAAUGCUUUAACCUUCAUUAGAAAAAUCACAAUUAGAUUUUCAAGAUUAUCAUCAAAUUCCUUAUGUUAAUCACAAUAAUAUGUUAUUGGUCCACAUGAAAUGA